AAGAGUGAUUAGAAGAUGGCGCAUGAUGUUUCUCAAACAAAAGUGAAGCUCCCACACAACUAUGAAUCCAUUCUCGGAGAAGCAGACUCACAGGUUGACAAGUCCUCCUCCAUAGACAAGCUAUAUGAUCAGCUCUACUCUGGAGUUUUCUUAAACCAAAUGAAAAAGAAAUUUUGGGUUGAUAUGUUGUCCCAUAAGAAUUGCUUCAUGUUGUUUGCACGGGAACUCUCAUACCCUAAAGGAAAUUUGUUUCUUCAUUCUAUAAUACUCGACUCUUCUCCUCGAAUUGAUGUGGCUGAACUACAGGAUUCACAGAGUUUUGAAGUAAAAGGGAAAUUCAACACAAUGAACCUCACUCCAGCCACUCUUUACCAAGUUUCAUUUACCCUAAUGAUGAAGGACGAAGCUCAAAAUGGAUGGGAAGAUCCAGUGAACCUCAAACUCUUCCUCCCAAAUGAAACAUCUGAAGUUCGCAAAGAAUAUUUGAAUAAAAGGCCGAAAAACCAAUGGAUAGAGAUCCUAGUUGGUACCUUUACAACUACGUAUAUGGAUUCCGGGGACAUUGAAUUCUCUAUGUACGAAUUCGGUAAGCGUUUGAAGAAAGGAAUUGUCAUACUUGGAGCUGUUAUUAAGCCAUUUUCAUUCCGGUAGAACUAAGCAUGACGAUGAUAAACAAUUUGACCUUUGCAAAACUACGUUUAAUAAAAUAAAUAAUUUACUUCACGUGCCUGAGGAU